AAAGUAAGUUUGUGACGUCACCGGAAGUGCUCUCCGGCUUUUUAUUCAGUUGCUAAGCUGCAGGCGAGGAAUAGCCAGCCUGUCAACAAGUGACCAUCAGCGGCGUGCAGGGGCGGAUUCACCGGGGCCCGUUAACCGUUACCGGAAGACACAUGAAGAUCUGUGCAGACUUUCAUCAGUUAACCUGUGGGACCAGUAAGGGGACCUGUGAGAGGACCAGUGUGAAGACCAGUAUGGCUGUGGCCAACAGCACCAAGAUCUCAUGGAGGCUGCAGGAGUUUGAGGCUCAUUCCAGCUCUGUUUCCUGUCUGGCUUUGGGGAGGAACUCCGGCCGCCUGCUGGCCACCGGGGGGGGGGACUGCAGGGUGAACAUCUGGGCCGUCAGCAAAGCCAACUGCAUUAUGAGUUUGACUGGCCACAAGAACCCAGUGGAGUGUGUCCAGUUCAACAUGUCAGAGGAGCAGGUGGUGGCUGGUUCUCAGUCUGGAUCCAUACGAGUGUGGGACCUGGAGGCAGCAAAGAUUUUAAGGACUCUGAUGGGACACAAAUCCAGCAUCACCAGUCUGGGCUUCCAUCCUUUUGGAGACUUCCUGGCCUCCAGCUCCAUGGACACAAACAUCAAGCUGUGGGACGUCCGGAGGAAAGGAUAUGUGUUCAGGUACAAGGGUCACACUGAGGCAGUGAGGAGUCUGGCCUUCAGUCCCGAUGGAAAGUGGUUGGCUUCAGCCAGUGACGACUCUACGGUCAAGCUGUGGGACCUAACUCAGGGGAAGAUAAUCACAGAGUUUAAAUCUCACACUGCACCAGUCAACAUCAUCCAGUUUCACCCCAACGAGUACCUGCUGGCCUCAGGCAGCUCCGACAGGACCAUCAAGCUCUGGGAUUUGGAAAAGUUCACCAUGAUUGGCUCGUUGGAAGGAGACACAACUCCAGUAAGGUCUGUGUUCUUCAGCUCGGACGGCUCCUGCCUAUACAGCGGGGCGACAGAUUCCCUGAGGAUCUUCGGCUGGGAGCCUGACCGCUGCUUCGACGUGGUGCCGGUGGGCUGGGGCAAGGUCUCUGACCUGGCGGUCUGCAACCAGCAGCUGAUCGGCGUGUCUCACCAGCUCUCCAGCGUGUCCUCCUAUGUGGUGGAUCUCAAGAGGGUGAAGAAGAAUGCGGGGUCUGUGAUCCGGGGAAUCAUCCAGGAUAACCAGCCGCUGGCAGAGCCAAAUGAUGUUAAAGGAUCUGCACUACGCAGGAGUUAUGAGAGACCCACCACUACCUGCAGCUCACAGAGGGUAAAGCGGAGGUCAGACACUGAGAGGCGGAGCCCCGAAGGUGAGAGGAGGAGCCCCAGUGAGGACGAAGCAGACGAGAAGCUAUCGUCGGCUGAAAUCCACAACGCAGAAGACUUCAAAGAGAUCUUCCAGCCAAAGAACGCCAUCUCUCGAACUCCUCCCAAGAUGUCGGAACCUUUCCCUGCUCCUCCAGAGGAUGAGACCAUAUUAGCCAUCGGCCGGCAGCUAAAGGACAUGAUAUCUGCUUUUCCUGAAAAGCAGCAGGCUCCGCCCCUCGCCUCCUCCACACCUGUCCAGAGGGUGGAGCCUACAGUUGUCUCCCUUGCGAAGCGUCCCACCCCGUCAGCGGUGGUACCCGCCUCCCCCCCCCCUCAGCCCCCCGUCAGUACAUUCAGGUCUAAACCUAAAAUCAUCCUGAGCUGCCGGAACGAACCCAUCGGACUGAACGUGGCCGACUUCCUGCCGUCGUCCCCUAACAACAGAGGUGCAGCUCUAAGUGAUGACGAGGCUCUGUCCCAGCUGAAGAAGGGUCAUGACACCAUGUGUGUGAUGCUGCGCAGCCGACACAAGAACCUGGAGACAGUCCGGUCUGUGUGGGUCCGAGAGGACAUCAAGGUGAGACAGAGCGCUCUGGAUGCUGCUGUCUCAAUGAACGAUCUGUCCAUUGUUGUGGACAUCCUGAACAUCAUCAACCUCCAGCCGACACUAUGGAGACUGGACCUGUGCACAACCAUCCUCCCUCAGAUCGACCAGCUGCUCCACAGUAAAUAUGAGAGCUACAUUCAGACCGGCUGUACGUCCCUCAAGCUCAUCAUGAAACAUUUCUGGACUCUGAUCUUUGAGACUCUGAAGGCGACUCCGUCCGUCGGUGUAGACAUCACACGAGAGGAGCGACAUCAGAAGUGCAGAGCAAUCUGCAAGCAGCUGAAGAACCUGAGUAACCUGGUGAAGAACAAGGCGCUGCAGGUCGGUCGUCAUGGCAGCGCCUUCAGAGAGCUGCAGCUGCUCAUGGCGCCGCUCGACGACUCGCUCUGACAGGUUCUACUGAGGGCUCAGCCCGUGGACAUCAGCUCAUUUCUAGAUUCAUAUGAUGAUGUACGAAUAGAGAACUGUUCUCUAAAGAAGGCGCUGAGGACAUUGGUAAAAGGGUCCUCCAAGGAACCCAGAAGAAGCAGGUCCUCUCUGCUGAACCUCAGUCUCCGGGGGAUCAAGCAGCUGCACUAAGCUCCAACAAAGGGACUCCCCUUGAAGGUCGGUCUGAUGAUGCUGUGUAGCUUAGCGUAGCUUAGCAUGAAAACAUGUCCUUUAGUUUGGAUCAAUCGGUGCCGCUGCUCACCUGGAUUAGAAGAUCAAAAGGUUGUCGACUAGUGGGCCAACUUUAUCAUUAGAAAUAAUCGCUGAUUGAUUAAAUAUGUAAUCUG